AUGGCGAUGGGCUUUUCCCCGGAGCAGGUGGCGUGCGUAUGUGAAGUACUCCUGCAGAGCGGUUACAUGGACCGUUUAAACACAUUUUUGCGUUCCCUCCCAAAUUUGUCCUGUACACCCUCUCCAUACAUGUGCGUGUCGCAAUGCCAGGAAAGCGUGUUGAAGGCACGGGCGGCCGUAGCGUUCCACCAGGGUCACUUUGCUGAGCUGUACGACUUGUUGGAAGGAAACGUUUUUUCGCCCCGAAACCACCCGUUGCUGCAACAGCUGUGGCUCCGCGCUCAUUACUUAGAAGCUGAGUUGCAGCGGGGACGCCCCCUAGGGGCGGUGGGGAAGUACCGCGUCCGCCGCAAGUUCCCUCUACCUCGUACCAUUUGGGACGGGGAGGAGACUAGCUACUGCUUCAAGGAAAAGUCCCGUAGCGUUCUCAGGGAGUGGUACAGUAAAAAACCUUACCCAUCGCCACGGGAGAAACGUGACCUUGCUGCGGCUACUGGUCUCACCGCUACCCAGGUGAGCAACUGGUUCAAGAACCGACGUCAAAGAGACAGAGCCGCAAACGGACGCCACGGAAUGCCAACCGGAAGGUUCCAGAGCUCCGAUGAAGACCUGUCGCCUCCUGGGAGCCCCGCUGCUCUGUUCCCCUGCUCUCAGACUCUGAUUCCUCCUCUGAGUCACCUGGGACCGCCGCAAUACUAG